AUGGCUCUCCCACAAUCCGCCUACAAAGACCGAGAGUUUCUCGCAGUCAUCGGCGACGAAGACUCAGUGACCGGCAUCCUCCUCGCAGGCGUUGGCCAUGUAACAGAACCCCCGGACUCACAAAAGAACUACCUGGUAGUCGACUCCAAAACCGAAGACUCCACGAUCGAAGGCGCGUUUCAGCAGUUUACGAAGGAGAGGAAAGACAUCGCUAUUGUGCUUAUAAAUCAACAUAUCGCAGAACGGAUACGAGGCAAAGUCGACGCAUUCAGCGAAGCGUUCCCAUCGGUGCUUGAGAUCCCGAGUAAAGACCACCCGUACGACCCGGAGAAGGAUAGUGUGAUGAAGAGGGUUAGGAAGUUGUUUGGAGAGUAA